AAACUUCCUGUGAGAAAAAAAAUGAACUUCAACCUACAAAGUAGUCUAGAGAGAAUGAUUGUUGUCGAGUAGGCCUACAUUUGGUUACUGUAGUGGACCGCUUGCCACCCGUUUCAAACAAUUCUGUCAAAGAUAUAGUUGCAAGAACAAGUUGCCUUGUAUUUGCAUCAUUACUCUUUACAGGAAGAUGUCUACAGUGAAACUCUCAGAGGGAACGGUGACCGUGGACCUUUGCGGUGGGACGCCGCUGUUUUACCGACAGGGUGAGCCAGGGGCGGGAGAACCACGGCUCUCUGUGCUCCUGUUGCAUGGUAUCCGCUUCUCCUCCGAGAACUGGCUCAAUAUCGGGACCCUUGAGACUUUGGCAAAGGCGGGCUGUCGAACUGUGGCUGUCGAUCUACCAGGCCUAGGACAGUCAAAGGCUGCUUCGGCCCCAGUGGCGGUGGGGGAGUUGGCCCCGGGAGCCUUCUUGCAGCAGGUGUGUGAGGCUCUCAAACUGGGCCCAGUGGUGGUAGUGAGCCCCUCUCUCAGUGGCAUGUACUCCCUGCCCUUCCUCUUCCAACACGCCCCCCUGCUGAAGGCCUAUGUGCCCAUAGCGCCCAUCUGCACGGACAAGUUCAUUGCCCAGCAGUACGCCAGUGUCCAGACACCCACUCUAAUUGUCUACGGAGACCAGGACACUCAACUUGGGGAGUUGUCGCUUAGCAACCUCAAACAUUUACCCAAUCACAGAGUUGUAGUGAUGAAGGGAGCUGGGCACCCCUGUUACCUUGAAGACCCAGAGACAUGGCACAAGGCCCUGUUGGACUUCCUGCAGAUGCUAUGAAAGACCCACUCACACCAAAGGAGUUAGGAUGAACAGAAAAACCCAAUCAGGUAUCAUGGAUGAAUCUGCACAGACAGGUGUUUUUGCGGGUUGAAUCGUUUGGAUUCCUUUACAGUAGCAUUCAAAAUGUCAAUCUAAUUAUCACUAAAUAAUCUUAUGACUAAAUGACCAAAUAACUAGCAUCAUGAAUUCACAGUUUUCAUAUGCUGUACUGUAUGUUUGUAAAUACAUAAAUGGAUGUUUAUGAAUGUGUAUAUAACUUUUUACUAUUUUAAAGUGAAAUUAAACGCUACCAACAUGCUUUCAAACUUUAUCUUUAGAUAUAUUGAGUGUUUUUUUGUCUAUGUACUUACCAUUGAAAUCCUUGCAAGAUAGACAAGGCAAGACACUACAGAGUAUUGGCUGCACUUUGCAGAUUUCAAUAUGAAUCCAUUGCCAUUUAGAGAGAAAUUAAUGGUGAAUGGCGCAAGCAAUAAUAUAUUGUUCUUCUUAAAUUUUAUUAGUGUGAUUCUGUUAGCAUUACGCAAUCACAGUAUUGGCUCGCAAAAAUUCUAAAUCCCUUGUAGUUCUUCAGGAAGGCAUUCUUCAGAAGUUGUUUACCUGAAAUUAAUUAGACUAGUCCAAAUGAAAAUAAUUUAAUGUAGAAAGGUAGAUAAAAAAAAUGACAAUUACAAUCAGAAUAAAUCGUUGCAAAUAACAUAUUUUGCUCAUCCUUAAAUUCUUUGCUUAUUGUGUAUCUGUUUUUAAAUAUUCAGUUAAAAAAUGAAUGUUCACAAUGUGAUGCUGUUUGAUGAUGUAUUGAUUAAUGGUGUAUUGUCACUUUAAGAUAUUUGGUUUAGGCUACAUUUGGUUUAUGAUGAUAAAUGGAAGGACCGUUGCUGUGUAUGGUUGGGACAUUGUGAUGUGAAUCUGAUAGGCUAGGGUACUGCAAAAGAGAAUGUCCAUGAAUGAGUGCUAUACUUUGAGGAAUGACAGAUCGUAUAAAAUGUUAAAGUUACAUCUGAAUCAGAGGACACUGAUUCAACACCUUUUAAUGGAUGGUAUGUGUUAAUCAGUCUCAGAAUAAACCACACAUUCACAAACUUAAAUGCUGCCUAGCACACGCUUUUUGCCCAAGACUAAUGUUAAAUCUAGCCUGUAAGAUCUUUAGCUUUCUAACAUUAGCUAGUUAACUUGGACGUCUCAUGCCUGUAAUGCAUGCAUUGUGUAGGCUAAUGUUCCAGUAUUUUAAGAAUGAACACGUUCAAACUAAAAGAUGUAAGAGUGACAUCCCACAGUCUUUCUCUCUUUUUCUUCUGCCCCUGACUCUAACGCUCUUUAGCCUAUAGCCUUCAUAUCAUGUUGUAGUGUAAGUUCUGUGUUAUGAGAUACAUCUUGUCCUUUAUGUGCACAAAACAGGAUUGAUCUCAGCUUUUCUGCUGCUAUUUUUCGUGGAAUGCUGGUGUGACAUUAAACAGUAAGGCAGUUGUACUGAGUA